ACCGAAGGAGACUGUGUAUGUACCUGUGCAUUAAUCUGUCUAACUACGCUGCCCCUUCAGCCAUCUAUCGACGGAGGGCAUUAGAUAACCAAAGGACUUGACCUAACCUGGAGCAGAAAGGUCAAGUUUUCCGUUUUCCGUGGGUAUGAAGGUGAAUUACAGCUACCACAACAACGCGGUGUGUGUGUGCAUGAUGAGCGGCUGAGGAGGAGGAGGAGAAGAAGGAGGCUGCGGUCUGAAACCAGAUUUUAUCCUGGAUAUUUCGAAACAAACGUCGUGUCGUUCACAUAACGGGGCAGUGUGUCGGUGUAAUAUGUUAUCGUGGGCCCUGCACCGUCUGUCUCCAUCCCCAUUUUGAGGGAGGUUUGACCCGUUUUCUGCCUCCUGAGGAUCCUCCAGCAGCGGGACGUUGAACGUUUUUUCCUCCAGAUAUGGAGUGUGAAGAUGUGGAUUACAGAGGAAUCCCCGCCGCUAGUUUAGCCGCAAUGCUUUCAUUAUACACUUCAAUGCGGUGUGGUGUUUGGCACGAAUAAAGAGAACUAUGAAUACAAAUUUUCUGGCCGGGGGAAUAAAUCGGUGAUUUAGGAGCACGGUUGGACUCCCAUUAGGAAACGUGAGAGAGCUAUCCUGCUAGCCUGUUUGUAGUAGCUAUUAGCUCCAUUAGCCGGCUAACAGCUAAAAGGUGCUGGCUGGAGAUUAAAAGGCGUUUCAAUAAUUCUGACCAGGUUUUACCCACGUUUCCUCCCCCCAACAUAUUUAUUUACAGGAUUUGAGGGGGAUUUACUUCUCCAGGAAUGAGGUCUCGAAUGGAAAGGAGCCGCUUGACCUUGUUUUGGGGUCUGAUGCUGGGUCUGUCGUCCUGCCUCCGGCCCGCCACCGCAGAGAUUUGUGGUCCCAGCAUAGACAUUGGCAACGACAUCAGUGAAUUCAGGCGUCUGGAGAACUGCACAGUGGUGGAGGGCUACUUGCAGAUCCUCCUCAUUGGUGAUAAAAACAACAACAACAUCAACCAGGAAGUCUUCCGCUCCCUCAGCUUCCCCAAGUUGACAAUGAUCACUGACUACCUGCUGCUAUUCCGGGUGUCUGGGCUAGACAGUCUGAGCACGCUCUUUCCCAACCUCACCGUCAUCCGCGGUCGUAACCUCUUCUACAACUACGCCCUGGUGAUCUUUGAGAUGACCAGUCUGAAGGACAUCGGCCUGUACAACCUGAGGAACAUCACCCGUGGUUCCAUUCGUAUUGAGAAGAACCCCGAGCUCUGCUACCUGGACUCCAUAGACUGGUCCCUUAUCAUGGACGCAGAGUUCAACAAUUACAUCGCUGGGAACAAACAGUCCAAGGAGUGCAGUGAUGUUUGUCCAGGCAUCAUGGAGAACAACCCUCAGUGCAGAAAGACCAUGUUCAACAACGACUACAACUACCGCUGCUGGAAUUCCAAUUAUUGCCAGAAAGAGUGCCCACAGAAAUGUGGACGGCGAGCGUGCACAGUGGAUGGUGAGUGCUGCCACUCUCAGUGUCUGGGCAGCUGCACAGUCCCUGGGAGUGACACAGCAUGUGCAGCAUGUGUGCAUUACUACCACCAAGGGCGCUGCGUUGCUGACUGCCCUCAAGGCACCUACAAAUUCGAAGGCUGGCGCUGCAUCAGUGCCGAGCUUUGCUCCAAGGUCCACCUCCCCGACUUCGACAGCUUCAUUAUCCAUGGAGGAGAGUGUAUGCCUGAAUGCCCAUCUGGGUACACGCGCACUGCACCCAACAGUAUGUUCUGUACAGCCUGUGAUGGUCUGUGCGAUAAAGUGUGCGAGGAGAAGGUCAUCGACUCCAUGGAUGCUGCUCAGUCUCUCAAAGGCUGCACUGUUAUCAAAGGCAACUUGCAUAUCAACAUCCGCAGAGGCCACAACAUGGUGGCAGAGCUGGAGAGUUUCACGGGUUUGAUCCAGAGGGUGACGGGUUAUGUGCGGAUCACACAUUCGCACACUCUGAGCUCCCUGGCCUUCCUCCGCAGCCUCAGAUACAUCGAUGGAGAAAACCUCCAGGACGACAUGUAUGCCUUCUCAGCAUUCGACAACCAGCAGCUCCAGUAUCUUUGGGACUGGAAGCAGCACAACCUCACUAUCAAAACAGGAAAGCUGUUUUUUAGAGCCAACCCCAAACUCUGCAUGUCCGAGAUCCGCAACAUGUGGGAGAAGACGGGCAUCCAAGGCCGCUUUGAUGAGAGUGAUUUCCGAAACAACGGCGACAGAGCCAGCUGUGAAAGCACCAUCCUAAAGUUCAGGUCCAACAGCACCAGCAGCACAAGGAUCAAGCUGACAUGGCAACGCUACCGACCUCCCGACUACAGAGACCUCAUCAGCUUUAUCGUCUACUACAAAGAGGCGCCGUACCAGAACAUCACAGAGUUCGAGGGGCAGGAUGGCUGCGGCUCCAACAGCUGGAAUAUGGUGGAUGUGGAGCUGAGGCCUGACAAAGACUCGGACCCUGGAGUUCUGCUGUCCAGCCUGAAGCCGUGGACGCAGUACGCUAUCUUUGUUAAAGCUAUCACACUCAUGGUGGAGGACAAACAUAUGCCAGGUGCCAAGAGCAAGGUGGUCUACAUCCGUACCAGCCCCUCAGCACCCUCCAUGCCUCAGGAUGUGCGAGCAUACUCGAACUCAUCCACACAGUUGGUGGUACGCUGGUCGCCCCCUAUCUCGCCGAAUGGGAACCAGACUUACUACUUAGUAAGAUGGCAGCAACAAGCGGAAGACCGAGAGCUUUAUCAGCACAAUUAUUGCUCUAAAGAGCUGAAGAUCCCAAUAAGGAUUGCUGCCAUAGGGGUGGGAGACCAAGAAGAGGACACCAAGCCCACUAAACCAGACACUGAUGGGGCAGAUAAAGGACCCUGUUGCCCCUGCCCCAAAUCAGUGGAAGACCUAGAGGCCGAAGCUGCUGACGCCUCUUACCGAAAAGUCUUUGAAAACUUCCUGCACAACUCUAUUUUUACACCGAGGCCACCAGAUCGCCGCCGCAGAGAUCUUUUUGGUGUCGCCAACUCCACUCACUCCCGCCGCAACCGACUGCAUGCUAACAGCAGCACUGUCCCUCCUCCUCAUGCCGCUGGCAACAGCAGCACCGCUGACCUGGAGCCAGCUGACCGAGAGUUCGAGUUCAUGGAGCAAUCAGUGACAGAGCGCGAGCUUCAGAUCUCUGGUCUGCAGCCCUUCACAGUUUACCGCAUCGACAUUCAUGCGUGCAAUCGACAGGUCCAGCGCUGCAGCGCGGCAGAAUUUGUCUUCUCCAGAACCAAGCCUGCAGAAAAGGCUGAUGACAUCCCAGGGCCAGUGUCCUGGGAAGGCCACGAGGACUGGGUGUUUCUGCGCUGGCCAGAGCCGCUUCGCCCCAACGGACUCAUCCUCAUGUAUGAGAUCAAGUUUAAACUGGCUUCUGAGACGGAGAAGCACGAGUGUGUAUCUGGUCAAAUGUAUCAGACACAGCGUGGCGUUCGGCUGUCCAACCUCAGUCCAGGAAACUACUCAGUCAGAGUGAGAGCCACGUCACUGGCUGGAAACGGCUCAUGGACUCACCCUCUGGAUCUCUAUGUGGCAGAACGAUAUGAGAAUGUCCUCUACGCGAUGAUCUUUGUUCCAAUCGCCAUUCUCCUCCUCAUCUGCGCUCUGGCAGCAAUGCUGGUUGUCUUCAACAGGAAACGGAACAGUGACCGGCUUGGAAAUGGAGUCCUUUAUGCCUCGGUUAACCCCGAGUACUUCAGCGCUGCAGAAAUGUAUGUACCAGAUGAGUGGGAGGUGGCACGGGAGAAGAUCUCCCUAAGUCGUGAGCUCGGCCAAGGGUCUUUUGGCAUGGUGUAUGAGGGCACGGCCAAGGGUGUGGUCAAAGACGAACCAGAGACGCGUGUCGCCAUCAAGACUGUCAACGAGUCAGCCAGCAUGAGGGAGCGGAUCGAGUUUCUCAAUGAGGCGUCUGUCAUGAAGGAGUUCAACUGUCACCACGUGGUUCGUCUCCUUGGAGUGGUCUCUCAGGGCCAGCCCACCCUGGUCAUCAUGGAGCUGAUGACGCGAGGAGACUUGAAGAGUUACUUGCGCUCUUUGCGACCGAAAGAGCAACAGUGGUCGAGCCUGUCUCUCCCUCCCCUGAAGAAGAUGCUUCAGAUGGCAGGGCAGAUUGCUGAUGGCAUGGCUUACCUCAAUGCCAACAAGUUUGUCCACCGAGAUCUGGCAGCCAGGAACUGCAUGGUGGCCGAGGACUUUACCGUUAAGAUAGGAGACUUUGGCAUGACCAGAGACAUCUAUGAGACAGACUACUACCGCAAAGGUGGUAAAGGCUUGCUCCCUGUCCGCUGGAUGUCACCCGAGUCUCUGAAGGACGGCGUCUUCACCACCAACUCAGAUGUCUGGUCAUUCGGGGUUGUAUUGUGGGAGAUUGCCACUCUGGCAGAACAGCCCUACCAGGGUCUGUCCAAUGAGCAAGUCCUUCGCUUUGUCAUGGAGGGAGGACUGCUGGAGAAACCACAGAACUGUCCUGACAUGCUGUUCGAGCUGAUGCGAAUGUGUUGGCAGUACAAUCCUAAGAUGCGUCCAUCCUUCGUGGAGAUCAUCAGCAGCGUAAAGGAUGAGCUGGAACCGUCUUUCAGAGAGGUUAGUUUCUUCUACAGCGCAGAUAACAAGCCGGCCGACGCUCCGCCGCUCCACCUGGACAAGCUGGACAACAUGGAUGACGUUCCUCUGGACCCUCCUUCUUCCACACAACCACAGCAAACCCCAGCCCCCCAACAGACCCCGCCCUCCCCGAGUUCAGAGGCCCCACCUGCCCCAUCGCUAGCCCCCAGCUCCCCUUCCUCUCCUUGCACGUCGAGCGUGGCCAUGGACAAGCAGCCCUCCGGCCAGCAAGCAGCCAAUGGGCUGUCGGGGGCGGGCCUCGCAGCAGCGUCGGGGCUCGGGACAGGCUCGGGCGUCACAAUGCGGCCGUCACUGGACGAACUGCCGCCGUACGCGCACAUGAACGGAGGACGCAAAAACGAGCGCACUAUGCCUCUCCCGCAGUCCUCUGCCUGCUGAUCUGCUGAUCGGACAGAAAAACCCACCCGACUGCAAACCUUCCACCUGCCGGACGUCUCAGUGGGUGGGAUUUUUCUCUUUGUUUUUUUUUUUUUUUAACAAGUACAGCAAAACCGUGUCCACCAGCUGAGUGUGGCUACUCCGUGAGAAGCAAAGACUCACAGGAAGGUGGAGAAAACUGUCAAUUAGUCCAUGUUCUGCUGUAUCUCCACACACUUUUUUCAUAUUAUUCUCGUUUUGGUUUCUACCAGCUGGCUGUCAGAUGUGACACUGCCCUUGCUGCUGAGUGGGAGGACCCAAAAGAAAAAAAGAAACGGUGGAAGACAGAAAAGACUACGAAUCAUUUGGGGGAGCUCACACUCUCUGUCUCUCUCUCUUUACGGCUGAACUUAUUUUAUAAAUUGUUGUUUGUUACUUUUUUUAUAUGUAUUUCCAAAUGGGAAAAAAACAACAUGUGUAGGCCUUUAUAAAUGACGGCGUUUUGUUCGCUUUUGAACGGGCAUUAUGGUGAAAACGUUUUGCAUAUCUAAUGAAGAAGCAGCAAUUCAGAGAGGUCAGUGUCUCUCUCAGUUGUUCAGUAGUCUGGUUGCUCUGCAGGCUGGGUGUCAGCGUAAUGCCGGGUCAACAGCCAAUCCGCUGAAACAAACAACUAGAGGGAGAAAGGUCAAUUCUGCCAAAUUUAUUGCCAAAAUUGUACUGUUUUGACAGAUUCUCUCUUGCCCUGUAAUUCUCCAACACACCGUAUUGAAAAUGGAAGCAAAAAAAAAAAAGAAAAAAGCACUUUGAUCUGCUACCACACCAUUCUCAAAAUCUGUGAUCAAAGGGAUAUUAACUUCCCCCUACAGUCCUACACCACUACUCUAUCUGCAGUUACAGUGCUCUAUCAAAUAACUUAGGUCCCAUCAGUUUAUCUGAAAUUGAGCCACAUCCUCUCACAAAGUGCUGUUCUGUUACGGUUAAACCGCCAAAUACAGUCAACAAAGAAGCAAAAAAAAAAGAAAUAAAGAAGAAAAAAAAACACCUCAAAGCAAGGACUGCGGAGGAAAGAGCGUUCAGAGGUAGAGAAAUAUGAACACAAGAUCUAAAAUGUCUCUCAGUCGGGGUACUCCGAGUUCAGAGGCGUCCUUGUUGUUGUAUACAAACAGGUAUUUUUUUAGACUAGUCAAAAGUCUCCAACAUUUACAACAUCUCUACGUGGGCAGAGCAUUUACGUACACACCAGUUGUUUGUGUCACUUUUCUAACUUUUAUACAGUUGGAGACAUUCAUCAUGUACAGAAAGAAGCUGCUAUUCCUUAUUUCUCUUGUGGUUGUAAUAUAGUCAAUAUCUAUAUAUUAAAAAGAGAAAAAACUCCUUCAGGUUGGAUCUACGAACGUUUCCACUACAGUCCAUUUUUUUAAUGCUUGUAAUUGUGUAAAGUGUAUCGGAGCUGGUUUCGUUUCUGUGUUUGCGUAAAAAGGUACGACAAUUUGCCUUGUGUUUUGAAACACCGGUAACUUCCCCCUCCCAUCUGACUCGAGGACAGUGAUGGUGCCAGUGUGUUUCUCUGGGGACACUUGGACAUCUGUCCUCUAGGGUUUGGACUAGACCACCUCUACCCUUCGUUACGCUCAGAGGUCAGGCGUCCCAACUAAAUCUCAGGUCAAAGAGAAAAGUUAAAUCCUUUUCUUCUUUCCUUUUUUUUUUCUCCUUUUUUUUUUGUGCCGUCACACCCAGAGACAUCCAGCCUGGUGUGUGUGUGUUAAACCUUUGUCUGAUUCUACAUCCCUCUGAAUCUGUUAUUGCAUUUUUUUUUUUUUAAAUCAUUUUUUAGGAGUGGUUAUUACAACAGUAGAAAACAAGAGGGACUUUUGGUCAGUUUUUGAUUGGUCCUUGGACUUACUGUGUGGAGCCCCAACACUGACACAAAGUAGAAAUCAGACAAUUCAAAAUACAACCGAAUAGUUAAGCUGUGUUUCCAUAGUUUAAUUUCACAAAACAGUUUUAAUAUUCGCUUGAAGUGGGUUUGGACUUUUUUUGAAGAUGAGUCAAUAACCAAACAGAAGAGCCUAUACCUCCACCUUCUGACAGCACUACGCAACCUAGUUUGGGAGGUUGCUUUAGCUUUAGCAGCUACUUAAAGCAUUGCGUCGUAUUCGCUUGACAGUUGUAUGGAAACACGGCUGUAAUAUUGUUAGAAAACUAUUAAAAUGGAGCAUAAAAACAGAUAUAAAACUCUUUGCAUUUUCCCUCUUGAGUUGGUAUUUUUAAAAAAGAAAAAUAUACAGCUUUAUAUAUUUUUCUAAAUAUAAUAAAACCUAA